GCUGGCGGAAGGUGAGGACUAUGUGCUGCUCCCAGCGGCUGCUCGGCAUUACCUGGUCAACUGGUGUGUUCUAGAGCAUGGCUAGCCUCGCGUGGAACGCAAGGUCAUGGAACUGCCCCGCAUCCACAGGGUUGAAGUGCACCCAGUAGAACUGGUGCUCGUCCGGCUCAGCGAUACGGACACACCUCCCACGGCUCGGCUUAGCCCGGCAGAUUCUAGUGACCUCGUUUUGCGCGCCUCUCGAGAGCAGUUUCCGGGGCGCCCCCAGAGAGAGACCCGGCUGUGGCUCAAGAACGCGGAGGGCCCUUUUGAGAGGUUGUGCGAGGCCCGCGUCACAGUGCUUGACGCCGCUCUCGAGACUGAGCAGGUGGUCGUCAUGGAGACCCGAAAGAAGGAUGCCACCUGGCCCAGGGCGCAGCCACAGGCCCCAAGCGGCGCGUCGGAGGAGGGGGAGGACUUCCAAAGCCAGCCGGGCAUCUGUGGGCUCACCAACCUGGGCAACACGUGCUUCAUGAACUCGGCCCUGCAGUGCCUCAGCAACGUUCCCCAGCUCACCGAGUACUUCCUCCAAAACCGCUACCUGGAGGAGCUCAACCUCGGCAACCCGCUGGGCAUGAAGGGGGAGAUUGCAGAGGCCUAUGCCGACCUGGUGAAGCAGGUGUGGUCCGGCCACCACCGCUCCAUCGUGCCCUACGUUUUCAAGACCAAGGUCGGCCACUUUGCGUCCCAGUUCCUGGGCUACCAGCUGCAUGACUCACAGGAGCUGCUGUCGUUCCUCCUGGAUGGACUGCAUGAGGACCUCAAUCGCGUCAAGAAGAAGGAAUACGUGGAGCUGCGCGACGCUGCUGGGAGGCCCGAUGAGGAGGUGGCUCAGGAGGCCUGGCAGAACCACAAACGGUGGAACGAUUCUGUGAUCGUGGACACUUUCCACGGCCUCUUCAAGUCCACCCUGGUGUGCCCUGACUGUGGCAGUGUGUCUGUGACCUUCGACCCCUUCUGCUACCUCAGUGUCCCACUGCCCGUGAGCCACAAGAGGGUCAUGGAGGUCUUCUUUGUCUCCAUGGACCCCCGCCGCAAGCCGGAGCGGCACCAGCUCCUGGUCCCCAAGAAAGGCAAGGUCUGGGAUCUGUGUGUGGCUCUGGCCAAACACACUGGCAUCUCUCCAGAAAGGAUGAUGGUGGCCGAUGUCUUCAGUCACCGCUUCUAUAAGAUCUACCAGCUGGAGGAGUCUCUGAGCAGCAUCUUAGACCGAGACGAUGUCUUCAUAUACGAGGUGUCAGGCAGGGCGGCCACUGGGGAGAACUCCAGAGAGGACGUUGUGCUUCCUGUCUACCUGCGGGAGCGCUCCGGAGUCCAGGACCACAACGGUUCCUACCAAGGCCUGAUGCUCUUCGGGCACCCGCUUCUGGUGUCGGUGCCCCGGGACCGGCUCUCGUGGGACGCCCUGUAUCACAUCCUGCUCUACCGCCUCUCGCGCUACGUGACCAGACCCAGUUGGGAUGAUGAGGAGGGUGGGGACGAGAGAGACCUGGAGAGUAAGGACAGCCUUCUUCAGACUGGAUGUGGGGCUGCGGGCAGCUCCCAAGACCCUGGGCCGGAGCAGGCUGGGUCCGGCUCUGGAGUCACGAGUGGUCAUCGGGGCCCUGGGGACACCUCUCCUAGGCCAUCUCACUGGCCCCAGAGGAUGCGGCACAAGCACCUCUUCACCCUGCAAACAGUGAAUUCCAAUGGGACCAGCGACCGCUCGCACUUCAAUGAGGAUACCCAGGCCCAGCCGUAUAUUGCCAUUGACUGGGAGCCAGAGAUGAAGAAGCGUUACUAUGAUGAGGUGGAGGCCGAGAGCUACAUGAAGCAUGACUGUGUCGGGUACGUGCUGAAGGAGGCGCCAGUGCGGCUGCAGGAAUGCAUCGAGCUCUUCACCACCGUUGAGACCCUGGAGAAGGAAAACCCCUGGUACUGCUCCACUUGCAAGCAGCACCAGCCCGCCACCAAGAAGCUGGACCUGUGGAUGCUUCCAGAGACACUCAUUAUCCACCUGAAGCGCUUUUCCUACACCACGUCCUCCCGCAAAAAGCUGGACAUCUUUGUGGAGUUUCCUAUCCGGGACCUGGACUUCUCUGAGUUUGUCAUCAAGCCGCAGGACGGCUCAGCUCCGGAGCUCUACAAAUACGACCUCAUCGCGGUUUCCAACCAUCAUGGGGGCCUGCGGGAUGGACACUACACGACAUUUGCCUGCAACAAGGACAGCGGCCAGUGGCACUCCUUCGAUGACAACAGCAUCUUGCCUGUGACGGAGAAUCAGAUUGAGUCCAAGGCAGCCUAUGUCCUCUUCUACCAGCGCCAGGACGUGGCACGCCGUCUGCAACCCCAGGCUGGCUCAUCGAACCUCCCGGCGUCCUCUGUCUGUGGUACGCCACCCAAGUCAGGGUUCAUGGAUGCCAACUAAGGGGCCCCGGCCCCACCAGUGGGAAGGAAGCUGUCCUGGCUCUCUUCCUUCCCGAAGCCACCCCCGUUCUCUUACCCAUUAGGUGCCCUGCGCCAGGCGUCACAGGCCUAGUCGUGGCUGCUAUUC